UCCAGAUCACCACCACCACCACCUCCAGCUGCAUCGAUACAUUCCAUUGUGCUUACUCCAGUCAGUGAUCGUGACGUUUCAAUGUUGUUUCCACCAAGACCCUCAAAAACUGAUCUCAUCGCUCCCCAACCGGUGACUAAUUAAAUGAAGUGUUCCACUCGUUAUCAACUGCCCUCCGAUCAGUGCACCUAACACCCCACAAUGCCUGACAGUCAGGCCCCAGGACACCUGUCCCUCAUCUUUCUCCUGAUUCUGUCCCUGGGGGACACAGCAUCGCCCCCAGGGGUGUCCCUCAAGCCCCCGAAGUACGCCGAGAAGACCCUCGCCGAGGAGGAAAUUUGCCACCCCAUCGGGGGUGUCGCGAAGAACGCCCUGAGGCUCCCCAGGGUCGUGAACUCAGGCCUGAUCAUCACCCCCUCCCACGUAUUCGACAGUUGGACCCAUCGAACCAACGAUUUGCGGUGCAGAUUCACGAUCAAAGCCCCCAAAGGGGAGCACUUGUUUGCUGUCAUCCAGACGAUAUCUUUCAGGCGAAACGAGAGUGGCUGCAUCGACUACGUGAGGUUCAAGAGAAAAGAUAAGAAUUCGACGGACAAGUUCUGCGGGAAUUUCGACAGGAGGAGGCUGAGGAGCGCCCUGGAGUACUCGGAGGACUACAGCGGGUUCACGAGCAAGAAUGCGUCGUACUCCUUCGGGGAGUUUGAUCCCCAGGGGGAGAUUGAGACCACGAUUUUCGUGUCGAAGGAGACGCUGGCCGAGAGUGAACAUUUGAAUCUCACUGUUGUCUAUACGCCGUACAAGGACUGCGAGAAGACCGACUGGGCGCAGUACAGGACGACGAGGUACGACGUCUGCAUCUGGAGGGACUACUUCUGCGACGGCUACACCAACUGCUUCGCUGGAAUAUGCGUCGACGAAGAUCCCUGCCCCGACGAGAUCACGAGCAAUGGAACUGGGACGACAGUCACUAUCGGGGCGGUCACAGUUAUUCUCUUGAGCUUCGUGAUAUUCUUGAUGGGUUUGUGGAUAUGCAGGGGGCAGAAGAAGCUCUGCUGGUCACCAGACUGCGCUGGACCCAGCACCCAGGACAGGGCCCCGGCCGACAGGGACUCCGGGGAGUCUCAUCACGAGGCUGUGGGGGUCGCUCCUAUGCUUGAAAUCGCCGUUUUGCCUUCUCCAUUGGAUAAGGAUCUGCCACCUAGCUAUGACUCCCUGUUUCCGGAUCAGGCGAAUCGAGCUACUUGAUGGGGGGACGGGAUGGUGGGUUAUUUAAUGUUUUAAUUAGAUAACGUUGAUGGAUUUUUUGAGAUUUGGGGAGUGGAGAUGAGGGAGUUCUCCAUGAUUUUCAAGGAAAUUUUUUAUUUGUGGAGAUUGUUGAGGGUUCAUUCGAGGGAUUAACCGUUUUAUUCUUCAGUAGUGAAGGCGAUUUUAGUUCCUAUUCGACAUCUUUUACAAUUGAAGGAAAAUCUCCUUUAUGCAGAGGACAAUUAACUCCUCGUUUUUUAUGCAUUUCCUUGAAUUCCUCAGAAAUAGUAGAAUUUUCUGCAAAAUGCUGAGUCCAAAGUGGAAUCAAAUUGGAAGAGAUAAAAUGAAAUAGACCUUCUUAAAUUAUCAAAAUCUCUUGAUCAAAUCCUCCAAUAUGGAUGAAUGGAGUUAAAUUUUAAACCUCCAAAACACAUUCAAAAUGAAAAAAAAAAUGAAUUUCUAUCGUUCGUAAUACUUUUCGUAAUUGAAGGAAGAUUUUUGGCUCCUGGAAAAUUUUCUUUUCUAUUGACCUCAAAUAUAUCCAUUAAAAACUCAUCAAAUGCCCCUCAAUUUGAAUUCCCAUUAUUUUUAGUUACUUCACUGUUGAAUUUAGUAACAAAUUACUCUCCAAACAUCUUCAAAACUAUAAGAUUCAAACCAAAACGUUCAAGAACUCUCUUAUAGGCAAUUCAAUGCACUAUAAAAAAUGUUCUUCGAAAUUUUUUCGAAAUUUCAUUUGCUCUGUUCUCGGUUCAUUUCCCUUCACCAUUUCUCCAUUAAUAUAUAUAAGUAUCACAAUAAAUUUUGCGAUAAAAAUGCAUAAUCUCAGUAUGCAAUUGUCUGACCCGUGAGCAUAGACCAUAAAUUAACUUUUUACACUUGAAAACAAAUUUUUUUUUCAAGUUGACGAAGAUGACCAGGGGCAUUGCCAAUUUUUCGAACACUCCGAAUAACUUUUCUAUCGUAUUCGACAUAUUUUCCAUUGGUGAACCAAAUUAUGAAUGUGAUACAAUCUGUAACAAUCGUUUUUAAUACAGACUUAGGGUAAUUUUAUAAUAAAUGCAAUACUCGAUAGGGCAGUCUUAAUAAUUAUAAUGACCAGCGUUUUCAUACGGCUGUAUAUUGUUAUUUACCCACAGCAGUUUGCUGAAUACAAUUUAAUGAUUCUCAGUAGAAAAGAUAAUGUACUCUACGUAAAUCUCUCCUGACUUGAGGACGAAGUGAUGAAAUGGAGUAGAAUAGCUCGAUUCUUUACAUCUUGCCUUCUUAAAUACUCAAUUAUCUCGAUAAUGAGCCAUUCUGUGAGAAUUUAACUGAAAGAACAUAAUAAAUUUGAGAGAUUAACGCACAAUGACCAAAACAGUCGAGUUUGAUCUAUUCCCCUUCAUCUCUUCACUCCAUAGGAACAAUAUCACAAAUGUUUAUAUUAUUUAUUCGGUGAAACGAACAGCGAUACGAAUUUAACUUAAUACUAAGUGCCAACAAGUGUAACAACGCUCAUGGGUUUGUGUAAUUAACUGAUUAACGAAUCUUCACGUUUUUCAACGAACGAAUAAUCAUAAAAUGACUUGUCAUUGUUGUAAAUAUAUUUGUAUUUAAAUGCAUUUUAUUACAAAAGUGGUAAUUCAAGGUAAAGUGUGGUAGAAUUGAUUGUGUAUUAUUAUUUAAGAUAUUGUAAUAAAAAGAACAGAUUUAAUAACAAAAAUAGUUGGGAUAUUCAAUCACUCUUGAUGUGAUCGUUGACUUUGGCGUUUAGAUUAUCGUUGAACCACAAAAUCGCGUUGAUUAUCUCGUCGAUUUCGACGGGUCCUGUGCUGAGGGGAUGGUUGUCGGCGUAUACUAGCAUUCUGAAAAUUAAAUUGUUUAAAUUUUUUUUAAUGAUUGAACAAUUUAACAAUUAA